AUGGAAGAGUCAACGACUGUCACCGCGACCUCGAUUGAAGUGCAAUGUCCCACCUGUAAGAAUUUCUCCUCUACGGGUCCCUACGCAAUCUUCCAUCGGCAGCUGCUAAUCGAUAAGAUAGGCAGCGAUAGGUUCUUGUAUGAGAUGCAGGGGCAAGUGAGCCGAGCCAACCAGGGCAUGGAGUCGGAACCGGAGCUGGGCCCGGAGCUGCAGUCAGAGAUUAAGCCCCUCGAGCGAGUGGGGUCUGCUGGGCCGCGACUCCAGCGUUCGGACAAACCGAGCCCGCAAACACCCACGACAGAGCACGAAACGCAGGGGCCGUGCACAGAAAGAUACACAGACGACGGUCGCAGCGUGGCAAGCAACAGCAAGCGUGCUGAUUCUCGCGGACGCUCAAGUCACCGAGAUCGCUUUUCCUGGAGGGCCCGGGGCCGUUAUGGAGGCUCUUAUGGAAGCGCUGAACGAAAAAGGGGCAUCGAGCAGCCAUACUACCCCGAAUACGACUGGCCCUACCAAAGACGUGAUCGUUCUGGCUGCUCGAAUCGAACGCGAGACUACGACCCAGAUGCCCCAUCUGAUCAGGACCAACGUCGCUACAACCGCCGACUAGUCAAUUACGGAAACUAG